CCCCUAAAAGAUAAGCGUGAGAGACAAUUGGGAUUUUCUAACAGAGAAUACUCCCACCCUCUUUUGUGACCGAAGCAGUGAGGCAUAAGACCUCCAACUGGCCGAGGUGCCUCAGUAGCAGCCCGGGCGCGAAAGGGAACCCAGACUUGGCCCGGGCUGGUGGGAAAGGAGAGUCUGGUUCUGAACACCUGAACCGGAUUCCUAGGAGAAUUGAUGUCGAGACCACCAGGAAACCCAUAAUCUUCUUGGGGCGGUCUCAGGUGCAGGGGAUUUUUGUUUAUCUACAUCCAGAGGCACCAAUCCCUCCCAACUCAAGGCAUCUUUUCUUCCACAAGUUGUAACCCCCAAAUGAGGCCACCUCGCCCCUUUCCCUCCGCCACCUAGAGUCAGGAUAAGGUAUGGACACCGACCUUCCAGUUCCCCUGUCUCCGGCCUUUCUCAAAGUAACCAGGGUACGUGCUCAAGUCUGCCCCAGGGUGUGUGCCCCUAACUUGCCCGGCAGCGUUACCCCCAGGCCCUCGGGGCGCUGGGCCACCCGUGCAUCCCGCUCCGCCCUCCGCGUGGUUCCAACAGCUGGCCCCGCCCCCGCCCCGCCCCCAGCCCGCUCCCUGCGCCCCGCCCCGGGCCCGCCGCGCUCCGCCCCGCUCGCCCCUCCGCUGCGUCCCACCGCCCAGCCGCUGGGCGGCUCCCGCGGCUCCCGGGGCUCUACCGGCAGUCCAUCCUGUCUCCAUGGCGACGCGGCGUCCCAGGCUCGCGGCUCGGAACCCAGUGCGAGCGGCGAGCGGGUGCCGAAGGUGACUGCGAGUAACUUCCCGGUGCCCCCGCUACUGGCGGGACCCAGCCCGCACCUGCGACGGCGCCUAACCCCGAAAACUUCUCUACCACUCCAGGUUGGGUCUCUGGAGCCCCACAGCUACCGAGGCACCGCCCGAGAAGUCUUGGUCCUGAAUUUUGUAUCCCAGAAAUCCCCAGAAAAAGUGAUUGACCCAAAUAAAGCAAUGUCACAAAAAUGCUGCUUUGUACGAAGACCGAGAUUGGCGAGCAACCUUUAUAGUUCCCCAACACAGAUCUCCCUGGGUGUGGCUAAUACAUUCUCAGCAAAAAAAGAAGCCUCUUCAAAGAAGAUAGAAGAUAAAGUCUCUUCAAAAAGUAUUGAAAACAGACCAUCUUCCAGGAGUAUUGAAAAUAAGGAUGUCUUAACAAAUCGGCAGUCUGACCUGUGGUUGUCUUCCUUCCUAAAAGAAAGUGCAGGUGAAGCAGUCAAGGAUGCAGUCCUUGCCAAGCAAGAGAGAAAUAGUGAGCAUUGUCUUCAGGACCUUGAGGAGAAGCUGUCGGAUUCGACAGACGACGAUGGUGAUGAUGACACCAACGAUGAAGAUGAUGAAGUUCCCACUAAAAAGGAGACUCGCGCCCCACUAGAGUUAAUGGCAGAAUUCCUGAGGGCAGAAAUGGGCCGAGACUACCAGCUGGCAAAAAAGUUAUGUCAGAUGAUCCUAAUCUAUGAACCAGAAAAUCCUGUGGCCAAGGAAUUUUUCUCACUUAUUGAAGAAAUACUACUAAAGGAGAAAUCUCAGAAGCAUGAGGAAGAUGAAGAGGAUAGCGAGGAAGACACUAGUAGCGAGAGUGAAGCAGAGAGCAGUGAGGAUGCCAGUGAUGACAGCUCCGACGAAUGUGAAGACGGGUCCUGAAGGUCGCUGCUGUGCAGAGUUAUUUUCAAGAGUGUAUGCCGUGCAAAUGCAAAUAUAAAGAAGAGAGCUAC